UAAGCCCUCACAUAGGAAAUUUUUUCUCGGACUAAGUUUGAUUUGUUAAUUGCCUGAAAUCCUUUCACCCUGAAAGAGGGUACUCUUGUUACUCCAGACAGAGUCCAUACUCACGAUUGCCAUGUUCAAUAUGUAGCAAGGACAACAACAAUGCUGGGAAGAAAUUUUAGAAAUGAUUCCUUCACAGUCUUCCAGCACACUCUGAAUAAAAACACAUACAAUGUAAUCCAUGGCAGAUCUCAAGCUCAAACUCAGAGAGCUCUGUAGGGAGGGUUCUUUGAAGGAGGCAAUGCACAUUCUGCUUAGUAUAAACAAGCUUCAUGUAGACCCCUCUCUAUAUCUUCAACUGUUGCAAACCUGCAUUGCCAAGAAUGCCCUUUCAGAGGCUAAGCAAAUCCACCUUCACAUCAAUGACAAUGACACAGGAUUUAAAUUAUCCACACACACUAAUUUACAAAGCAAACUUAUUAGUAUGUAUGAUAAGUUGGGAAGUUUACAGAACGCUCGCACAGUUUUUGACAACAUGAGUGAACCAACUCUCAGCUCAUGGAAUACAAUAAUUGGAGCUUACAGACGACAUGGGUUCCCUCAAGAGGCAUUGGUACUCUUUCACCAAAUGCAACAAACGAGUGUUAAACCUGAUAGCUUCACCCUUUCCAGCAUCCUUCCAGCUUGUGCCUCAAUGGAAGCUGUGGAAAAGGGUAUGGAGAUCCAUAGAACAAUAAUUGAAAGCAGUUUUUUGUCAGAUGUUGUGGUUGGCAAUGCGCUGGUAGAUAUGUAUGCAAAAUGUGGAAGGAUGCACAUGGCACGCGAACUGUUUGACAAAAUGCCUCUAAGAAAUGUAGUCUCGUGGAAUUCAAUCAUUUCUCGAUAUGCACAGAAUGGUGUUCUUGACGAGGCUUUAAGUCUUUUUGAAGAAAUGCCUGAGCGGAAUGUCGUCUCAUGGAAUGUUGUUGUUGCUGGAUAUGCACAAAAUGGGUUUCUUGAAAAGGCCUUGGAGAUUCUAACCCAAAUGCAAAUGUUAGGUGUAAAGCCAAAUUCAGCAACCUUUUCUAGUAUCCUCCCAGCGUGUACUCAAAUGGGUUCUUUGGAACAGGGCGUAGAAAUCCAUCGAAGGAUAUUGGAAAAUGGGUUUUUGUCAGAUAUUGUCCUGUCGAAUACCCUGAUAGCCAUGUAUGCAAAAUGUGGAAGCAUACGAAAGGCACGCGAAGUGUUUGAUAAAUUACCUAACCGAGAUUUGGUUUCAUGGAAUGCAAUCAUUGCUGGAUAUGCACAACAUGGGCUUGUUGAAAGAGCUUUGGAGGUUUUUAACCAAAUGCAACAAGCAGAUGUCCAGUCUGAUCAGUUCACCGUUUCCAGCAUCCUCUCAGUAUGCACAAAAACAGGAGCUUUGGAACGGGGUGUGGAGGUCCAUCAAAGAGUAAUUGAGAGUGGACUGCUUUCUGAAGUUGUAGCUGUGAAUGCUCUGAUAGAUAUGUAUGCAAAAUGUGGAAAAAUACAAAAAGCACGGCAAUUGUUUGAAAAAAUGUAUGAUCGGAAUGUGAUCUCAUGGACCACGAUGAUUGCAGGAUAUGCUUUGCAUGGCUAUGGGAAGGACUCCCUCGAACUCUUUGAACUAAUGAAGCAUUCUGGAAUUGAUCCUAACCAUGUGAGCUUUGUUUGCGUUUUAUACGCAUGCAACCAUGCAGGUCUAGUGGAUGAGGGCUGCAAAUAUUUCAAUCACAUUAUACCUAAUUUGGAUCAUUAUGCAUGCAUGGUUGACCUUCUUGGCCGCGCUGGCUAUCUAGAGGAAGCCCUGAACUUCAUAAUCAAAAUGCCAGUGAAACCUGAUGAUGUUGUCUGGAUGGGUUUGUUUGCGGCUUGUAAAUCUAGUAAGAAUUUAUGGCUAGCAGAGUUUGUGGCAGAAUUUGUUUUUGAAUUGGAUCCCAAAAGUGCUUCACCAUAUGUUCUUCUCUCAAACAUUUAUGCAGACUUGGGCAGAUGGGAUGGUGUCCAAAAAGUAAGGAAAACAAUGAAGGAUAGAGGAAUUAAAAAGAUACCCGGGUAUAGUUGGAUUGAAGUCUGUAAAAUGGUACACACUUUUUGUGUAGGAGAUCGAUCACACCCACAAACACAGGAGAUAUAUGCAGUAUUAGAGACAUUGUCUUGGGAGAUGAAGGAAGCAGGUUAUAUUCCAGAUACAAGACCUUUAUUGAAUGAUGUGGACGAAGUGGAGAAGAAAUUGUUACUUUGUCCACACAGUGAGAUGUUGGCAAUUGCGUUUGGCUUAUUAAAUACAUCCCCUGGAACAAGUAUUAGAGUUGUCAAGAACCUCCGAGUAUGUGGUGACUGCCAUGCUACAACCAAGAUUAUAUCUAAAAUUGUUGCAAGAGAAAUUAUUGUGAGAGAUGCAAAUCGGUUCCAUCAUUUCAAAGACGGAGAAUGUUCUUGUGGAGAUUAUUGGUGAUUUUAAUUGAAGCAAACUGCAAAAACAGGAUUGCAGUAAGACAUGGUGUCAGAUGUGCACAGUGAAGAAGGAAUCAAGUUUCUUUUUAGUUUCCUAUUCUUAAUGUCUGGAAAGCUAGACCAUACUGUUAAACUUGAUGAAAUCAUAUUGUAUGGAAAGCUGGAGGAAGCAGAAGAAUGGAAGAUGUAAAAAGAUAUGAAUGCUUAAGGAAUUGGAAAGCUGCCCUCUCAGCAGGAAAUCUUGAUUGGAGCCAAGGAGAAGUUGUGAAGAAAUUGAGCAGAGAUGGAAGAUGUUUGGGUGUUGGAUCGUAGAGCUUUAUACUUGUAUGCAGAAAAGAGUCACGCUGAAGUGGGAGUUGUUCAUCCUACCUUAGAUUCACCUUUGUGUGAGAUUUUGGCUGCUCGGAAGAGGUUGUUGGAUCAAUUGGAUGAUGAAUUUGAUUCAGUCAUUGAAGAUUUUCUUAGCAUGUUGGAAUGUGACAAAAGCCCAAUAGCUCCUAGCUUUGAUAUGGAGUAUCUGCAACAAAAGCAAGGCAUAAAAAUCAGAUGCCUUGGAGAAAUCAUUAAAUGACGAGAAAGAUAGCUAGCAAUCCACCUUUGUGGAAGUUGAGACAAUGCGCCAUGUACAUUGGCGGGAUGAAGAAAGUGAGAAUACUAGUGUUUGACAAGAUCAAUCGAGAGGUGACAAGGAAGCUUCACCACUACAAAAUGAAGAGAAUGUAGAUAAUGAUGUUGGGUUUGUUUCUUUCUCAACUCUUGAUGCAACUCUGGCAUGUAUAAAUGGUUUGAACAACCAUGAACUUGUGACACUAAAGAGUGAUGUAGGCGUAGUAGCAAGCUCUCCCUUUGUGAAGACGGCCAUUGGAAUUAAUAUAGUUUUGGGUGGUUGGAUUUUGUUAGUGCUUCACCAAUUUAGUAGCAACUGAAUUACAUCAAAGUUGUUUUUGUAUUUGAGUCACUAAAAUUAGACGAGCACAACAAUGUGGAUAUUGAUGCUAGGAAUCUGAUAGAUGAGCUACUUGUGAGACAAGUUGUGGCUGAAGAUUUGGGUGGUUCAAAUUCUUUUAGUUUUGAUGGGAAUGACACUAUUGCAGUAGCUAAGGAUGAUGGAGAGAUGGAGAAUGGGUAGGACAAAGUCAUUACUAUUGCGGAUGAAACCGAAGGGCUUGUGCAUAGUCAACCAAUUUUGAACACCGGAUCACCCAUUACAAUUUCCAUGGGUGGUGCACUCUUAAUUUUAUGAUUGGAGAGCCUAUUGAUGAGAACGGUGAAUCAGUG